AUGACGAAUACUUUCCGGAAAUUCAUGAAUCUUGUUUUAUUUAUUCUGUUUGUUGUUGGGUUCGGUUGGUUGAAAACUACAACUUCCACUUCCUUUAAUCAUCAACCGGUAGAAGGAGGAGGGGAGGCUAGUAGUGGUAAGUGUCUCGAUGAGGAGAGACGCGCUCUUCUUUAUUUCAAAGCAUAUAUUAAUCAAAUCCACAAUGAUCCCCUUCCUACAUGGACAACCAAAGAAGAGAAAGCGACCAAUGAUUGUUGUAAAUGGCAAGGAGUCACAUGUAAUGAACAAACAGGUCAUGUCACAAGCCUUGACUUGAAUUAUAUGGUGAUUAAAGGUAAGAUUAGCCCUUCAUUGCUUAACUUAAGCUACUUGGAACGUCUUGACAUUUCCCAUAAUUCCUUUCAUGGAGCUAUUCCCAUGUUCAUUGGCUCAUUAACCAAAUUAAGGUAUCUUGACCUUUCCAACAAUUCUUUCUAUGGAACCAUUCCUAGGUCCAUAGGCACUUUGAGUGAAUUAAGGCAUCUUGACCUUAGCAAAAAUUUUCUUUUAAAUGGAACCAUUCCUCCAGAAAUUCGAAACCUCACGAACUUGAAAGUGCUUUCACUUAGAUCCCUCAACAAUUGUACGGUUGAAAACCUAGAUUGGUUAUAUCACAUGUCUCAAUUGGAGGAACUUGAAAUGGAUGGUAUUUCUUUGGGCAAAGCAGAUAACUGGGUAAAUGUGAUUCUAAGUCUUCAAAAACUAUCCUUUUUAUCUUUAGAUGAAUGUGACCUAUCUAUGGCCAUGCAUCCAUAUUCUAAUUCAUCUGCCAACUAUUCUUCUUCGUCUAUUGUUUCCCUUGGUCUCGGAAACAACAAUCUCAACUCAUCCAUGUUUCAUUGGUUGUUCCCGUUAACUACCAAUAGACUGGAAAUUCUUGAUCUCUCUAGAAACAAGUUACAUGGGAUUCCCAAAUAUCUUGGAAAUCUGUGUAGUUUGACGGCUUUUUAUUUUGAAAACAACAUAGUGCCUAUCAAACUUUCUGAUUUCCUAAACAAUUUGUCUGGAUGCACAUCAAUUACAUUACAAGAGUUAUCUGCUUUAAGAAGUCAAUUCACAGGAUCAUUGCCUGAUGAUAUUCAGAAGUUUUCAUCUCUAGGAUUGUUAACCCUGAGUGAUAAUAAGUUGAAUGGGACUAUAAGUCAUAAGGUGUGGCUACUGCCCAAUCUUGAAAUUCUAGACGUUUCUUCCAAUUCUCUUAGUGGUACGAUAUCUGAAUACAUUGGAAAGACAAAAGGUCUUACUAUAAAUCUUUCAAACAACAAAGUUGAAGGAGUUCCUUCGAAUGCUCACGUGUCAAAUAUCUCUAAUAUAGAAGAGAUUUUCUUAAGCUCUUGCAAGUUAGGGCCUCGUUUCCCAAAAUGGACUCAAACACUAAAAAAUCUUACAGCUCUUCACAUUGCCAAACCGGAAUUUCAGAUACAAUUCCUGUGGAGUUUUGGAACAUGUGGCCUUCUCAAUUGA